AGUAAAAAAUAAUUGAAUGUCAAAUGUUUAUUUUCUCUCUUUUCAUAUAUUUUUUUUAUCGAUGAAAUAUUAUUAUUUAUGUGAUUGGCAGUUUACAUAUCAGUACCUAUAUUAUUACAGCUUACCAUAUUGGUUUUAUUAUCCAAAAUCCAAAUGACUUAAUUGGCCGUUUACAUAUCAGUACCUAUAUUAUUACAGCUUCCCAUAUUGGUUCCUAUGCAAAUGUCUAUGAUCCUGUUGCAUCUGUUCAACAGGGUCCUUAUCAUAGUCUUAUCAUAUUAUGAUACCUAACAUGCAUGCAACCACAUUUUGUGAUGGAAUUGGUGAAGAAAAUUUAGAUGUAUUGAAUUGAUUGAUUGCAUUGAUACAGAAGCUCGUAAGCCUUAUAUAAAAGAAAGAGAGAGAAAAAAAACCUCUCAAAAAGCAAGAGGUCGUUUUGAAGGAGUAUUUGUUGAGUUAUUCUAGUUGAAAUAACUCAGAAUCAAUUAUUUAGAUCUAAAUAACUAGUUUGCCACAUUCUACUUAGAUGAGCGAUUUGGAAUAACUCCUACCCCUAUUUUAUUUCGAAAUAACUCAUUUUACCCUUAAGUUAUUGCAAAUAUCAAAUGUGAAUGGUUUGUCCAAACAAGAUGCUUUAAUCCUAACCAUCGAAAUAGUAGGUGAACAACCCCUGUGGUUUAGUAGGCUCCGCUGUCGCUCAAGCGGCACGUGGGGCUGAGGUUCCCUGGGUUAUCAAAUAAAAAAAAUAGUAGGUGAACAAUGAAUGAAUUAUUUUAGGGAUGGCAAAAAUAUCCGUAACCGUGGAUAUCCGCGCGAACCCGACCUAAUCGGGUAGGGUAAAACCCGAACCCGAAGGACAUUUAGUGGGUACGGGUAAAACCCGAACCCGAAUAUUGCGGGUAAUGGGUGAGCAUGGGUUUCUCAGUAUCCAACCCGAACCCGCCCGAUUAUACACAUACAUAUGUAUUUUGUCUAGAAAUAGUCAUUAUUUUUCUCUAACAUAUUUUAUAUUUAGCAUAUAAAUAUAAUAUUUUCAUGAAAUUGUGUUGUUUUAAUUAAUUUUCUUCAUUCUAGUGAAUUAUUGUCAUACUUUUCCUCUUGCGUAAUGUGAGAAUACGUGUGAAUGUUAAUAUAUUAGUUGGAGUUAUGAAGAGAAAUCAUUACCCAUGGAUAACCGUGGAUACCCGAAACCCGAACGGGUAUGGGCAUGGUUUUAAUUUUCUACCCGUUUCAUAUGUGGGUAUGGAUAUGGGUAGAACCCGAACUACUUUGGGUAGGGUAACGGAUAUGCACUAUGCGUCCCCAACCCGACCCAUUGCCAUCCCUAAAUUAUUUGCCUAUACAAAUAUAUAUAUUGAAUAUAUAGUGUCAACAUUUAUAUUCAGCAUUUAGUAUUAGUAAAUACUCAACCUACUUAUCUACCAGGCAGGCUAGAGCCAUCAAUGCUUCUACAGCCAGCCUAAUCGGAAGAAGAAGGAUGGCCGCCCGGACCCCAUUCUAUUUAUUACUUAUUAGCAUCACAGCAAGCAACUUUCAAGUUUCAACCAAAAGAUUAUCACGAGGAACAAAAUACAACACGUACGUAUGCAUAUGUAGUAGGGCUGGCUAUUUGGUUUUACUCGAAACCGAAUCGUAUAGCUCGGACCGAGAUCGGAUAGCAAACAAUUCAAUUCAAUCCAAUCUUCGGGCUUAGAUUUGAGAUAAAAAAAUCGUUUGGUACCGGAUCGAAAAUCGGAUAAGAGAGUCCAACACCCAAAACUUAACCAACUCCUCACCCUUUGAGUUUGUCGGCCACUCAAACCCCCACAAGCUCAAUCUAUAAUCAAGACCGAAUUGGUAUCAGACUGGGUCAAGACCGGACCUGAUCAAUACCAGACUGUAUCAAAUCCAAUCUUUGGUCCUUAUAUUCCUGAAAAGACCGGACUAGGACCGGAUCAAUUCGAGCCAAUUUAACCGGAUCGGAUCGUAUAACCACCCCUAAUAUGCUGUAUGAUAACCAUCGGUACACUACAAGAGUACAGUCAAACUUUAAGUGAUCUUGUUGCUAGAUGUAAUUCAAAGUUUCAAACUACACCACCUAUAUAUAUAUAUGUAUAUCAAGCAGCCUAGGACUUCCACCAUCUCAUUAUCUCCAACUCCUCCUUUUUCUUUCUUUCCACAAGAAACCCUAGGGGGGAAAAAAAAUGAGCCAACAACUUGAUGAUUUGCUAGGGAACAUCACUGGCGACGAGCUCCUCGAAGCUCAGGCUCGCGCCUGGAACUACAGCUUCAACUACAUCGUCUCCAUGGCGCUGAAAUGCGCCGUCGAGCUCGGCGUCCCCGACGCCGUCUCAAAGUCACCGGAGCAACCCAUCUCACUCACCAACCUCGCCACCUCCCUGCCGCUCCACCCUUCCAAAAACGACGCCCUACGCCGCCUCAUGCGCCCCCUCGUCCACGCCGGCUUCUUCACACUACAUAAUCGUGAAGUCAAAGGCGAAGGGAAAGAAGGAGGAGGAGAAGGAGAAGAUCAUUACUCCCUCACCACCGCCGGGAAGCUGUACCUCCGCGGCGGCUUCGGGCCGUCGUACCUCGACCUCCACCUCGACCCCACCACGAUGACGUCGUGGGGGAUGCUGAGCGCGUGGUUCCUCUACAGCGCCGACGCCGUCCCCUUCGAGGCGGGCCACGACGGCGCGUCGUUUUGGGAGUGCUUGGAGAAGGACCCCGUACAGAAGAAGUCUUUCCACGACUCCAUGGCCGCCGACUCCGUGCUGGUGGCCGGAGUUCUGGUGGCGGAGUGCAGGGAGGUGUUCGACGGGGUGGAGUCGCUGGUGGACGUCGGCGGCGGGACCGGAACCAUGGCCGUCGCUAUUGCCAGGUCGUUCCCUAAGAUGGAGUGCACCGUUUUCGAUCUCCCCCAAGUGGUUGCUAACGUGAAGAAGGAGGAGGAGAGUGGUGUGGAGAAUUUUCGUGUUGUUGGAGGGAACAUGUUUGAUGGAAUUCCCCCUGCUGAUGCCGUCCUCCUCAAGACGAUCCUUCACGAUUGGGACGACGAGAAAUGCUUGGAGAUUCUGAAAUCCUGUCGGGAGGCGGUCUCCGGCCGGGACGGGAAGAAGAAGAAAGGGAAGGUGAUCAUUAUAGAUAUGGUGGUCGGAAACAUGGAUGUUGUCGGGAACCGGGAGAUGUACCAGUCGCAGUUCAGCUUCGAUCUGCUGAUGUUUGCUACUUUCAACGGCAAGGAGCGAGACGAGAAGGAGUGGCGGAGCCUGUUUCUAGCGGCUGGUUUCACCGGCGGCUAUAAGAUCAUUCGUUCACUGGGCCCGAGAUCGCUUAUCGAAGCCUAUCCUUAAACUAACGUAUGCAUGGCCCUUUUCGUCGGCUAAGUGGUCGGAUCGACGUCGUUUUUGAGCUCUGAAGUUAUCUUCUUCACUAUCUCGUCGUCUGUGUUUCACCAUCUGCAGUUAUCAAAGUGUUACUCUUAUGUGUGGUUAGCGGCUUGGAGUACUUCCAAUUCAUCAACCUUGUUUUACCUUAAGAGUUGGGCCGUGCUUAAUUUUGUCGGUUGUUUUACCUAAAUGUCGUGUUCGUUCAAUUUAUUAUUAUUUUGCUCGACCAGAAUUUUGGUCCGGAUCACGAUUUGAAUCGUCUCGUGCCUACUCAUUUCUGACAAUCAUGCACCGAUGAACAGAACUCUCUUCAAUUAUCUGUCUCCAGAAGCGCUUUGACCUAACGCGGCUUAGUUGGGGUUGAGGGCAAUCACGUACAAUUGCUCAUUUCUAACAAUCACAAUUAUAAAUAGUCAAUCUAUUUUUUUUUCCUGUUUAUAAACACCUCAUUUCCAUUUAUUACCAUCCAAAUGGAUGGUCCUAGUUAUCAUCUACAACCGUUCAUUUACACAACAAAAAAUUUUCGUUUUCUAAAUUUUUCUCGAAAUGGUUCUAAAUUUUUUCCUAUAAAUGGACCUCGUCAAUACUCUUAGUAAACAAAUCAUCCAUUUUCAAAACUUUUUUUUUCUAUUUAAAAAUCCAUAAGGAAAAAAAAGGGUUUUGACACUUCCUAUCGCCCAUCUUCGGCCUCUCUUUCAUCUCUCUUUCUCAGUCGGAAAAUCCAGAAGAGAAAGAGAGAUCUAUUAACAGCCUCUCUGACGACACACACAUAUAUAUAUAUCCAUAUUCAUUGAUCACCAUUUCGAAAAAAGGAAGAUUUUGUUAAUUACAUUGUUGGUGAAAUCAAUCAAGUUAAGAUGGCAAAGGAGAUGAUGAGAAGCAUGAAGAAGCCAUUGAUGGAGGUUGCACCAUCUCUACUUGGCUUUCAAUUGAGACCUUCAUCUUCCAACAAUAGUUCUCCCAAGCUGGAGACGAUACGAGAAGAGAGAGCAGAAGAUCACGAGGAAGGCGAAACUAAUUGAUUUCUUUCUUAAUAUUACUAUAAUUAUGUGUUUUUUACUUUUUUUCCAUGGUAUAGGUAAGGUGUUUCAGCCGCCCUUGGUUAUUUUUCCUCUUGUUUUUACAAAAUGAAACCGAGAGAUCGUAUAUUCAAGUGUUGGAUUAACAAUAUACUAAAUCUAGUUAUGUAUAAACGUGUGUAUAUGUUUACGUGAUCUAUUUGUAUGAAUGUAUCUUAAGUAAAUUCAAUGAAAUGACUAUUUUUGG